AUGCUCAUGAAGCUGCUGUGGCUCGCUCUGUGCACGACUGCGCUCGAGGCCUUUGAGGAGGAGCCUGCACCGAACGAUGGGUCCGUGUUCGUGACGAGCUACCUGCCAGACCGCGACAAGGACGGCCAGACAGCUACCGCCGUCGACCUGAGUUCCCUCGGCUGGAAGGCUGAGAACGCGAUGCACAGCGGCUACAUCACGGGCGGUCCUGGGGCGUCCUCCCUCUUCGGCAUGUUUACGGAGAUUGGCCCUUUCGGCAUUGCGCCAGGUGGCACGAUAGAGCCACGGGCUGUGAAUUGGACUCAGCACUACCACUUGCUGUUCCUGGACAAUCCAGUCGGCACUGGCUUCAGCUUCACCGAGACAGAGGAGGACUUCGUCUCCAGGCACGAGCAGGCGGGCGAGGAUCUCCAGGAGGCGCUGUCUCAAUUUUUCCAGCUGUUCCCCCACCCCCAACUUCGCAAGAACCGCUUCUACGUGACGGGGGAGUCGUACGCCGGCAAGUGGGUUCCGUCCUGCGCGUACGCUAUCCACGGGAAGAAGAAUGUUUCUUUCCAGGAGGAGCGCAUUAACCUGAAGGGCAUCGCCAUCGGCGAUGGUGCGAUGAACCCUGCAGAGCAGUUCAAGGGCUUCGGCGACCUGCUCUGGUUCAAUGGAAUGGUGGACGAGGUGGAGAAAGCGCAGCUUCAGGCAUACGAGGCGCGCAUCCAGGAAGCGCUGAAGGCCAGUGACACGGUUGGAGCCGAUGAGAUCUUCGAUGAGAUGUUGAAUGGGAGCCACGUUGGGAAUCGCAACUACGCGCCAGAGAACAACACCGUGGAGGCGCACCUCAAGCCCGACUGGAUGCGGGACGUCCUUGCCGAGCUCGUGCCGAUCAUGGAGAAUUAUAAGGGGUCUGCCCGCAACUUCUGCUUUGGGCUCAAGCGCAUCCUGAAUCGUGAUUUCAAGCGCAUCCUGAAGAACGAUUUGGGCAUUCAGUAUAAUAUCAGUGUUUCUGACGAGUCGCCUUGCCAAGUGCACUUUGGCGGUGAACUUGCGCUCGCAGUCAGCGCCAACGGUGCCGCGGCGGAGCGCACCUGGGAAGGCGAUGCCAUAUCUGGACAUGAGUUCGCUCAGCUGGACCACGUGUUAUGCCAUCGCAACGUUCUGCGCGCCGUCGAGGAUAUCUGGACGAGCCGGCAGGAGCACAGCCGUGCCAAGAAGAUCGAGUGGCGCAGGUCGAGCAAGGGCCCUGGCAGCCAGCUCCCCGACGUGGCCGGGUACGCCCACCAGGUCGGCCAGUUCUCGCAG